UUUGUUUAAGAUAUUAAAAGAACUUCAAAUCCUUUUCUUUUUCCAACCAAAUCCUAUUAUAUCAUCAAAAAGAUGAGUAAACUCACCAAUGUUGUCAUCUUCAUUGUCUUCUUCCUAGGGAUGAUGGCGAAAGAAACGCAAGGACAACAUAUAUGUCAUCAGAUUCUGUUAAACAACAAUUGUGAUGGAGCCACAUGCACAAGUCUCUGUGACAAGCAGUUGCAAGGAACUGGCCAGUGCUAUAAAACCGUUGACAAAAGAUUUAUUUGCCUCUGCAAUUAUCUUUGCAGAACUUGAUGAUUUUUUUGUUUUGCUUUGUUCUUAUCUACUAUAUAAACGAUCAUCAAC